UUCCAUAAAUAAUGGGGGCUCUCCCUUAAUUUCCUCACAUGAUCCAUCAAGUAACUAACGAAAUGGAGAAGGCGGGCGAUUCUCAGCCGUCUUCAUCAGAGCCCGUUUCGCCAACUAGUAAAGAGAUGAUGAAGGAGCAGCGGCAGCAGAGAGUCCUGAAAGUUGAGGCUGAAUCUUCGGAAAACUGUUUGGAAAAGAUAAAAGGCGUCUUAGAAAAGCUUCGAGAAACGAGUGACAUCGACACAUGGCGUGAAGAGAGAGAUGGGACGGUGAUGGUCUGGGGUUACUUUGAUCCUGAGAAGCUUAAAAUAAAGUUAGAAAAUGAGGCCGGCGAUGCGAUCAUGUCAAUUACAGACCCAACUAAGAGCGUUCACAGCGGCAGAGAUGGGACGGUAAUAGAGCACUUAGAAAAUCAGGAUGUCUUGGAUCAACCGCAAGGGUUGCCUGAGAAGCGAGUUAGCGAAGUAGUUGCUGAUAGUGGUAAAAAAACAACGGAGUCCAAGCAAAGCAGACCGUGGAAUCGACGGGGGUCUCGCAGUGAUAAGUUGGCGUCGUAUGAGUACGCUGGUCCGGACUGUGCAGCCAGAAUCCCUGCGAUGUUUGUUCGCGAUGUCAGGGAUCUCGAAAUUCUACCGAAUGGUGAAUGGAGAAGGAAGACCAAAGAAAAAAGUGGGUGCUGUUGUUGUAUAUUGUAAUGCUGAAGUUAUAAAUGACAAUUAGAAUCGGAUCAGCAGGAUAUAUUUUUGUAAGUUAUUAUCAAAAAUAUUUUAAUAAUAUUUUUAACAAA